AUGUCUCCCGACCCAAACUAUGGAACACUCGAUGCACCCGAUGGGUCAUCGUUAACCUGGAUCUUUGAUCAUUGCUUGCGUUACGCCGAUCAAUACGAAAUUUCUCUCCGCGCUGCAUACGAACUAAACUGCCAUCCGACCAAAGGCACCAUGGCAGGCUCCACUCCUUCCGUUUUGUCUCGCAACUCGGUCUGGUCCAAGGCAUCCAAGUCUACCCACCGCAGCUCCGACACUCCUUCUUUUGAAGCGGAUGCCAAUGCCCAGUUCCGUGCAUUCUUGACCCGUACUGUUUCCCAACUGCCUUCUCAGCCCUGCUCGCUGCCUCCAAGCUUCACUACUUCGUUUGUGCGCCGUUGCUUCUGUUUGGACCUGGCCGAAGUCGACUUUGCCCAGGCUUUGACUGCUCUUGAUUACCUGAAGGACCUUCAGGACCGUUGGAAGAAAGAAAUUGAUGCCGCUUUCCGUCGUCUGAAUGUGACUGUCGACGAUGCUCGGGACCCGAAGAACUCCGAGCUUGCUCGUCAGUACCCUGGUGUGAUGUCUUGGUACCAGGAGAUCAACGGAAAGGCUCGCAUGAUCGAUUUCUUGUACACUCAAGUGUAUGUCGGUCUCCGUCGCUGGAUUUUGAUCAAUGAGAUGAUGCUUGAGCCGUUCAACAAAGCCAACUGUCUGGCUCUUCUCAACACAUUGCUGCCGCCUGUUCACCCCCAAAGCCUGACUCCAACCCAGCAAUUGGCACCAAAAACGCUCGAAAACCACCGCGACGCGUUUUUCACCUUCAUUAUCAAGUUUGAGGACAACCCCAGCAUCUUGGACCCUGUUAUGAAGCAAGGCACCCGGCCCGGUGACGACAACGCCUGGCCUGCGGUGUACGAUGCCAUGGACCGAUACCUGAACGCAGUCGUCGAGGUGAUUGACGAGUGCACUCUGAUCAACGACCGCUCUGAAGUCACCAAGAACGGUUCGCGCCGCACCGAUUCGGGCAUCAGCUUUGCCUCCCGCCCUGUCUCUCGUCCUACCACCUCCUACUCCCAGGAUGACCAGAAUAACGAGAAGCCUCUUCCCAACUUCCCCGCACCCUCUGUCUCGAGCAAACACGGCUCUAUCUUGGAGCGAUUCGCCAGUUCGAUGACAUCGUGGGCCAAGAAGGACCCUAAGAAGGAGGAGAAGAAGGAGCUGGCCCGGUGCCUCAAGAAAAUGAAGUCCUACAAGGAUAUCUCCAGCCGCCCCGAGAGCUCCUCCAGCCAGCACAUCUCGGCCAACUUCAACACAAAAUUGCUUUUCGACAUGACCGAAGAGAAGCGCCAACGCCUGAUUGAUGAGGCCAGAGCUCGCAAGCAAAUCGAAUCUGCCGCAGCCGAGAUUCAUCCUGAUGCCAUUGCCGUGGCUAUCUAA